GGCCCGCCCGCCCGCCGCGCUCCGCGGCCCGGCGCAGCCCCAGGCCGCCGAGGGACGGCGGGGCCGGCGCCAUGGCCGAGCGGGGCCGCCUCGGCCUGCCCGGCGCGCCCGGAGCGCUCAACACUCCGGUGCCCAUGAACCUGUUUGCCACCUGGGAGGUGGACGGCUCCAGCCCCAGCUGCGUGCCCAGGUUGUGUAGCCUGACCCUGAAGAAGCUGGCAGUGCUCCGAGAACUGGAAAAGGAACUCUUGUCCGUGGUGAUCGCUGUCAAGAUGCAGGGUUCCAAACGUGUCCUGAGAUCACAUGAGAUUGUGCUGCCUCCCAGUGGACAAGUGGAGACUGACCUGGCUCUGACCUUCUCUCUUCAGUACCCCCACUUCCUGAAGAGAGAAGGCAACAAGCUACAGAUCAUGCUGCAGCGCAGAAAGCGGUACAAGAACAGGACAAUCCUGGGCUAUAAGACGCUGGCUGCAGGUUCUAUCAACAUGGCUGAGGUGAUGCAGCACCCCUCUGAGGGUGGCCAGGUUCUGAGCCUCUGCAGCAGCAUCAAAGAGGCCUCUGUGAAGGUGGCUGAGAUCUGGAUCGUCUCCCUGUCGAGCCAGCCCAUUGACCAUGAGGACAGUGCGAUGCAGGCUGGCCCCAAGGCCAAGUCCACAGAUAACUACUCUGAGGAGGAGUAUGAGAGCUUCUCCUCUGAGCAGGAAGCCAGUGAUGACGCCGUACAAGGGCAGGAUCUUGACGAGGAUGACUUUGAUGUGGGAAAACCCAAGAAGCAGCGGCGCUCGAUAGUAAGAACGACGUCCAUGACCAGGCAACAGAACUUCAAGCAGAAGGUGGUGGCGCUACUGCGCAGGUUUAAAGUGUCGGAGGAGGUCUUAGAUUCGGAGCAGGACCCCGCAGAACAUGUUCCUGAGGCAGAGGAGGACCUGGAUCUUCUCUAUGACACGCUGGACGUGGAGAACCCCAGCGACAGUGGCCCUGACAUGGAUGAUGAUGACAGUGUCCUUAGCACCCCCAAACCCAAGCUCAGGCCUUACUUCGAAGGCCUGUCCCACUCCAGCUCACAGACAGAGAUAGGAAGCAUCCACAGCGCCCGGAGCCACAGGGAGCCUCCAAGCCCGGCUGAUGUCCCUGAGAAGACAAGAUCCCUGGGAGGCAAGCAGCCCAGCGACAGCAUUUCUGACACGGUGGCCCUUAGUACGCCAGUCCCCCGGGAACCACCAGGGCAACCUGAGGAGAGCCCAGAGGCUGAGACCUCUACCUUAGAUGUGUUCACGGAGAAGCUGCCACCCAGUGGAAGAAUCAUCAAGACUGAGUCACUUGUCAUCCCCUCCACCAGGUCAGAGUCAAAGCCAGCUGGCCGCCGGGGCCGGAGCACAUCCCUGAAGGAGCGGCAGGCGGCUCGGCCCCAGAAUGAACGGGCCAACAGCCUAGACAAUGAGCGCUGUCCAGACACGAGGAGCCAGCUGCAGAUUCCCAGGAAAACUGUGUAUGACCAACUGAACCACAUCCUCAUCUCCGAUGACCAACUCCCCGAGAAUAUCAUUCUCGUCAACACCUCUGACUGGCAGGGACAGUUCCUCUCAGAUGUGCUGCAGAAGCACACGCUUCCUGUGGUGUGCACGUGCUCUGCUGCUGAUGUGCAGGCUGCCUUCAGCACCAUCGUGUCCCGGAUACAGCGAUACUGCAACUGCAAUUCUCAGCCACCAACCCCUGUGAAGAUCGCUGUGGCGGGGGCACAGCAUUACCUCAGCGCCAUCCUGCGGCUCUUCGUGGAGCAGCUGUCUCACAAGACACCGGACUGGCUCGGCUACAUGCGCUUCCUCAUCAUCCCCCUGGGCUCCCACCCUGUGGCCAGGUACCUGGGCUCUGUGGACUACCGCUACAACAACUUCUUCCAGGAUCUGGCCUGGAGAGACCUGUUCAACAAGCUGGAAGCCCAGAGCAGUGUGCAGGACACACCAGACAUCGUGUCACGCAUCACCCAGUACAUCUCAGGAGCCAACUGUGCUCACCAGCUCCCCAUCGCAGAGGCCAUGCUCACCUACAAGCAGAAGAGGAAAAAGCAUUUUCACUUUGACUUUACCCUGAGCCCUGAUGAAGAAUCCUCUCAGCGGUUCAUUCCUUUUGUCGGGGUUGUGAAGGUUGGAAUUGUGGAACCGUCUUCAGCCACAUCAGGAGACUCUGAUGACGCAGCCCCCUCAGGCUCCAGUGUACUCUCGUCAACCCCACCGUCUGCAUCUACAUCUCCUGCGGCCAAGGAGGCUUCGCCUACCCCACCCUCCUCCCCUUCAGUGAGUGGAGGCCUGUCCUCCCCCAGCCAGGGUGUCGGCGCUGAGCUCAUGGGGCUGCAGGUGGACUACUGGACAGCGGCACAGCCUGCAGACAGGAAGAGAGACGCGGAGAAGAAGGACAUGCCCACCACCAAAAACACGCUCAAGUGCACUUUCCGGUCCCUCCAGGUCAGCAGGCUGCCCGGCAGUGGUGAGGCUGCAGCCACACCCACCAUGUCCAUGACCGUGGUCACCAAGGAGAAGAACAAGAAGGUGAUGUUUUUGCCCAAGAAAACGAAGGACAAGGAUGUGGAAUCCAAAAGCCAGUGCAUCGAAGGCAUCAGCCGGCUGAUCUGCACGGCUAAGCACCAACAGAACAUGCUUCGGGUCCUCAUUGACGGCGUGGAAUGCAGCGAUGUCAAGUUCUUCCAGCUGGCUGCCCAGUGGUCUUCCCACGUGAAGCACUUCCCUAUCUGCAUCUUUGGACACUCCAAGGCCACCUUCUAGCCCCACCCAUGGAAGGGCUGACACCGGACAGUGGAGGGACGUAUGUCCUGCUCUGUGUCAGCCACUGACGGAAGGACAGCUGUGUUUCUGUUAAGGUUACUACAGAGACAGACUCUUAAAAACACAAAGAAACAGUCUUAAGUAUGAAUGUGCUCAUAGCCCAGCUAGCUCCCUAUGGGCCACUGAGUCCCUUGGCUCUGCUUAUUAACCAGAAUAUGUGGAGAGGCUGGUAAGAAAGGAGGGGAACUCUGGUCUCAUGAGACAGACCCCAGACUACAAGCAAGAAGCGUUCUUGCUUUGUAUCCUGCCCUUUGCUGAAGUCAGGAUUCUGCUUCCUCGGGGAGGAGGGAGCACAGGGAGCUUUGGAGUUUAGUGGCCAGAAGCUGAAGGUCAGGGCAUGUUUGGUCUCCUAGCAUGAGAUGUCGGUCCCUGGCACCCAGGCGUGGUUCCCAAUAAACUCCAGCCUCAUGGCGGAGGUUUUAUAGUAGCAGAUCUUUCUAAUGCUCUCAGAUACAUUUGACAACGUAGCUGCCAAGCAGAUGUUGCUCUUGUGAAGUCCCCUUGUGUGGGGCAGAGCCAGCAGGAGCUGCAUUCCCACCCCUACCCCUGUGGCUCCCAUUCCAGAGGCACCUCCAGGCUUCUGUGGAUCCUGCUGCUCAGAUCAGGCGGUCCUUUCAAAUGUUCCAGUGUCUGUCCUGGGAACGGGAAACACUUCUGGGGCUUGUCUGAGCCCUUCCCUCUAUUCUGCUUGCUGGACAGGGACUUCCAGGACUGGUCAUGCGGGAUCUGAGAUGAGAAUCAAGGUUGUGAACUGGAAACAAGCAACCAGAGGUGGUGUGUGGUGUGUGUGUGUGUGUGUGUGUGUGUGUGUGUGUGUGUGUGUGUGUGUGUGGUGUCAGUGAAGGCUUCAGCAGUCUAGUCUUAUGACAAAGGCCACCUCCCUUACGGGACUGAGUCUAGCCAAGUCAAGCUUCUUAUAGCCACCAUUUUCCCAUCCAGCAGGAGAGGGGUGUGCUGGUGGCCUACAGCAAGGGUCACCCUAGCUGUACAUGCUCCACCAGACUCAUGAAGGGGUCACUGCCUCAGUCCUAACUUUCUCACGAAUCCUUUCUCCCCUGGGUUGUCUGAUUAGAAGAGUGCCUGUUGCCCUGGAAGCUGGGGCUCUCCUGGGGACCCUGGUGGUCCACUUGGGAGCUUUAAAGCUUGGUGUCUGGACCUUGAGACCUUCCCAAGAGUAUGUUCAGAAAAUUGCCAAGAGCAGGACAGGCUGAGUUUGAGGACCCUUCCUGGGGUGAAAGAUGGCGUGUUUUUUAUUUACUUACUUCCCCUGCCUUGACUUGCCGAACAGGGUCUAUUUGUCCUAGAUAACAGGACCCCAGGACCCUGGGUAUAGGGCUUCUUAGUGGAAUUCCUGGUGAGGUAUACUCUGAAAAGAUCCUGUGUUGGGUCAGGCCACUGUAAUCCUUGGAGUUUAAGAACCUAGUUUACCUGCCCCUUGAGGUUUUUCCCAAAGGUCAACCUUCAUAGGAAACAUUUGGCCUGAUUUCUAGCCUAGAGGCCACCAGCGGGUUCAAGCUUUUGCCUCAGGGCAGUCCCUUUUCAGGACCCUCCCUGUACUUGCCCCUUGAUGGGUUCCUGGAGCCUCACUACCUACAUGGGAGGAGGGUGUAGGCAGGGCCUCUGUCCAGCAGCAGCCCCGGGUGGAGUCAGGGAAGCCUAGCACCUGAGCACCAUACACCCACCACCUACCUACCCACAAACCUAGCCGGCAGUCCUCCCCACGCCUCACUUACCCAGUUGGUUAGAGAGAGAUGGUCCAUUUUCCUUGCCUACCUCAUGGAGCUGUAAUGAGGAUUCCUGGAGAAGCACUUUGUCCCUUGGAAGGAUGACACCAAAGCCCCCAUGACAGGCAGUUGCAGUGGUAAGAACAGCAGAGUGUGUUUGCAUCCCAACAGGCCUUAGCUCUGAGGCAUCACCCUUAGAGCCUGCCAGUCUUCGAGGUCACUGUCAGGCAAUACCAGUUGCCAUUGCUCAUUGCCGUCAGUUGGGGGCUCUGCCUCUACCUUCAAGUUGGUUCCUGCCCCCACCCUCUGAGUAUGCUCGCUAUCACUGUGUAGGUACCAGAGGUGGGAGGAACUAGGGGGAGGCUCAGCCCUCGUGCAAUGGCUUGCCCUAGCCUUAUCCUGCAAGCCUCACUUCUUCCUCUAGCCUCCAUCUCAAAUGAAUUCUGCAUAAAAACAUCCUGGCACUUCUCCCCAGGGCCAGGGUACUGGACCCUCACUUGCUCCCUAAAUCUCUACGCCCUUCAGAGACUGCUCUGUCCUGGAAGGGGGGCCAGCAGAGGCUGACAGCCUUGCGUGAGGAUGACUCUGUCCGCUUCUGCAGACUGCCCAGCGCGCUGUGACUGAUUUCUAGAGUGUGUAUGUGUUGCUAGUUUUGUUUUUGUUUUUUAAUAAAAAGCAAGAUUCAUGUAAAUAGCUUUUUUGGGAGCAGAUGCUGAUCUGUCCCAUGCGACCAUGUGGACGAUUUCAAGGUGCUGAAGCGACACUAAUAAACUGACGGCGCUCGGGCCGCCCACUGCUGUGA